AUGUAUUUGUCAAAGCUUUUAGUUCUGCAACGAUCAAUUUCUCAAUUAUCCUAUCGUUUAUCAACAUCACAUACAUUUCCUAAUGAAGAUCUUCUAUAUACAGUUAAAACAACUAAUGGUCAUAUACGUUCAGGUUUGUGUUCAUCUAGUCUUAUUCAUCUUUGUGCGAAUAUAAAAGAAUAUCUUAAUCUACCACUUUUAUCAGCAUAUAUUGCUGUAUGUAUACCAAACAUAUCCAUGGAUAUUCAUAUUAAUCUUAUUGAAUCAUUGAAAUUUAUAAAUGAUUUAAAUAAUGAGCAUGUUUUAGAAGAAUUAAAUGAAGAAAUUCAUUUGUUUGCUGCACAUUCUCUAGGUCAUUUUAUUCUUGAUAUGAGUACGGAUAAAAUAAAACCUUCAUCGUCACAUUAUUUACAUUCGAUUAAUUUUUCACCAACAACUCCAUGGAUGUUAUUUUGCUAA